CUCCCGCCCCCGGCCGCUCGUCACGGCUCUGCGUCACCGUCAGCCGAAGACCGCAGCACCCAGCCCGACAGACCUCUCCCCGACACACCAAAUCCCGGCCGCCCCGCUUCUCAGGAGUCUUCGUCUGGACUGAACUUUAUACCGAAUGGACUCCCCACGAAGCAGUGUUCGACUCCAGUUCUGAUCAUCCAACAUGGCCGACACGGAGGUCUCUCUCUCUCCGGCUCUGCAUACACUCCACCUAAGCCCCGCCCACUCCUCCACUUCCCCUGCCACCACCUUCUCCUGCCCCUCCUCCCCCUCCUCCUCCUCGUACUCCUCCUGCUCGGAGAGCUCCUCUGACUACCAUCAUCAUCAUCAUCAUCACCACCACAGACCACGCCCCCCGCUACAGAGGCCACGCCUCCCCCCUGGAAGUGACCUUGGCUCCUCCCCCAGUGCCUCACCCCGUAGCUCCUCCCCCAGCGGGAGUGUGGACAGCAGCAGUGACUCCUGCCCCUCCCCCGAGGACCUGCCCCCCGACUCAGAUGUUGUGUCUCCAGUGAUCGACCCGGCCGUGGCUCUCAGGGCGUGUCAGGAGGUCCUGCUGAAGGUGAAGCUCCAGAGCGGAGAGGUCCCGGCCGACUACCCAGGAUGCACCAGUCCACCGCCGGAAAGGAGCCCGGAGGAGGAGGAGCAGCAGGAGGAGGAGAGCGAGGAGCAGCAGCAGGAGGAGGAGGAGGAGGAUCAAACCACCUGUUUGCCUUCCUCUCCGCAGGAGGUUGUCGUCACGCCGUCCCCCUCCUCUUCCUCCUCCUCCUCCUCUAAACAGUCGUUGCUGCUGCGUUUGUUUGAGUCCAAGCUGUUUGAUGUUUCCAUGGCGAUCUCCUACAUGUACAAGUCCAAGGAGCCGGGGGUGCAGGCCUACCUCGGCAACCGGCUCUUUGGUUUCCCUGACGACCAGGUGGACUUCUUCCUACCGCAGCUGCUGCACAUGUACGUCCACAUGGACCCGGACCUGGGCGACGCCCUGCAGCCCUACCUGGUCCACCGCUGCGGGGCCAGCGUGUCGUUCUGCCUGCUGUCCGCCUGGCUGCUGGCCGCCUGCUGCUCUGACUCCUCCCUCUCCGCCCACCGCCGUUCCCGCGGCGCCCGGCUCCGCAGGCUCAUCCUGGCCCCGCCCCUCGGCCACGGCCCCCCAGACCCCGGCCCCUCCGGCCCCUCCGGCCCGCAGCCCCGCACCCACCGCCGGGCCCACAGCGGCCUGGGGGCGGAGCCUGAUGGCCCCGCCUCCAGGAGGAGCCACCAGCGCUCCAAGUCAGACACCACGGCCGCGGGCGAGAGACCUUAUGAGGAGGCAGAGCGGGUGCGGCCCCAGAGGGACUUCCUGCGGGCGCUGGUGUCGAUUGGUCGGCGUCUGGCCCGCCUCCCGUCCAAGGAGCAGCGCAGCGCGCGGCUCAGCGCGGAGCUCCGCCUCCUCAACCUGUCGCUGCCGGGGCGCGUGUGGCUGCCCACCGCCGCCCGCCCCCACCACGUGGUGCGCCUGCCCCCCCGCCAGGCCGUGGUGCUCAACUCCAAGGACAAGGCCCCCUACCUGCUCUACGUCGAGGUCCUGGACUGUGAGGACCUCCAGACGUCCGCGCUGCCGCUCCGCAUCCCCGAGACCCGCCUCCACCACGCCCACUCCGCCGAGGAGCUGGCCCCCGCAGGGCAUGCUGGGAGCUGUAGUCCAGGGGGACAGAGCUCCGCCCCCGCAGGGCAUGCUGGGAGCUGUAGUCCAGGGGGCCUGAGCUCCGCCCCCGCGGUGCAUGCUGGGAGCUGUAGUCCAGGGGGCCUGAGCUCCGCCGCCGCAGUGCAUGCUGGGAGCUGUAGUCUGGGGAACCUGUCGGCGGUGGUGAACUACGACGACGAUGACGAGGCCUGGGCCACCGACGACCUGGGCCAGCUGAGGGUGGAGGGCGGCAGUAGUGAUGACCUCACCAGCCAGUUCUCUGUGGACAGCAGCACGGAGAACGCGGAACCGGUCUACAUCGCGGCCGGAGACAUCAGGCGCCGUCUCUCAGAGAGUCUGGCCCGCCCCCCCUCCUCCUUCAGGAGAGACCCUGAGGACCCCUCGGCCCUCGCGCUGAAGGAGCCCUGGGCCGAGAAAGUCAGGAGGAUCAGAGAGUCCUCUCCCUACGGGUCGCUCCCCACCUGGCGCCUGCUCUCUGUCAUCGUCAAGUGUGGAGACGACCUCCGACAGGAACUAGUGGCCUCACAGGUCCUCACCCAGCUACAGAGUAUCUGGGCCCUGGAGCGCGUCCCUCUCUGGGUGAAGCCCUACAAGAUCCUGGUGAUGUCAUCAGACAGCGGCAUGAUAGAACCCCUGGUGAACGCAGUGUCCCUGCACCAGGUGAAGAAGCAGAGCCAGCUGUCCCUGCUGGACUACUUCCUGCAGGAGCACGGCUCCUCGUCCAGCGAGGGCUUCCUGUCCGCCCAGAGGAACUUUGUGUACAGCUGUGCUGCCUACAGCCUGCUGUGCUACCUGCUGCAGGUCAAGGACCGACACAAUGGGAACAUCCUGCUGGACUCUGAGGGUCACCUCAUCCACAUCGACUUCGGCUUCAUCCUGUCCUCGUCGCCGCGGAACCUCGGCUUCGAGACGUCCGCCUUCAAGCUCACCGCCGAGUUCGUAGACGUGAUGGGCGGGGCCUUGGGGGACAUGUUUGUGUACUACAAGGUGCUGCUGCUCCAGGGUCUGCUGGCCGCCCGGAAGCACAUGGACAAGAUCCUCAACAUCGUGGAGAUCAUGCAGCAAGGCUCCCCCCUCCCCUGCCUCCAGGGCCCCGGGUCCCUGCGGGGGCUGAAGGAGCGCUUCCUCCUGUCGCUGACGGAGGAGCAGCUGCAGCUGCAGGUGGAGCGGAUGGUGGAGGCCUCGCUGCGCUCCGUCACCACCCGGCUCUACGACGGCUUCCAGUACCUCACCAACGGCAUCAUGUGACCCGGGAGGGCCAAUCACAGCCCAGGAGGACCCCUAAAGGGACGGCGCCUGGAAUCUGUUCCUCACAACCAACCGGCCGCCGGCUCAGGAGACCAGAGACAAGAUGGUGGGCCCCGGUU